AUGCGCAUGCGGCUGCGCGCGCCGGACGAGCCCGAGGCCGAGAGCGGCUACGACGGCGACGGCACGCCCUCCACGCCCGAGCGUGGCCACGCGCUGCCGCCGCUGGACGUGGGCUCGCCUGAGUACAUCGAGGAGAGGCUGGAGAACCUCAAGCGCCGCCCCAACUGGGGGGACUUCCUGGACCAAUACGUGCGGGACCACCCGGACAGCGACAGCGAGAGCGAGUUCGGUGACUUGGAGUGCGUCUCGGCGGCGGCAGACGUGCCGGGCUUCGUCCGCUCCACGCUCUGGUCGCUGCUGGUGGUGGCGUUCGCGCCGCUGCUGGUCGUGCUGUCUCCGUGCUUGAGGCACAAUGGCUACGGGUUCUGGCCGUUGGAGUGUCACUCGCUGAAGCAGCUCUUGGGCUGUGCAGUGGCCAAUGUGAUCUUCGUGGUGUUUGGGCUCGCGCUGCUGUACUGGACGAUCUGCAGAGAGCUGCCGGACGUGUUUAACGUGGACAACACGCUGGUCAAGCUGAACGUGCAGAUUGACGAGGUGCAGCGCGCGGCGGAUACGUGCCACGCGGCCUUGCUGCAGUGGGAAAGGACCGUGGCGCAGGAGUUGUGCAUGCCCGUGGGCAUCGAUGGCGCACUGCUUCUGCUGAACACGUGGCUGCUGCUGCAUUACCACCGGCGGUGGGCGAGAUACCUCAUCGUGCUCAUGGCGGUGCUGUUUGUGCUGGAUAUGCCUGGCAAACUGUACGACGCCACGUUUCCUGCUCCAGAGAUUCACAAAGUGGAUCCGACGUUCGCCAUGGUCGAUGAAGAGCUGCUGGUUGCACUAGAUGGGAAGAACUUAAAACCUGGUGGGAACGUUGCGUGGGUAGCGUACUGGGGUUGUGCGACUACGUCGAGUGUUGACGCCUGCGAGAAACAGUUUGUGUCGACGUUCGAAGCAGGCAAUGUAGCGGUCACCUUCAAGUCGUUGGAUCACUUUAUCCCAUGCUAUCGUGACCCGCCUAACCCACUGAAGGCGCAGGAGUACCAGUGCUUC